AUGCUUUCCCAAUUUUACAUUGCUCUUAACAGCAGCUUCUGCUUGAGUUUAAUUCUUUUUGGCGGAGGUAUCGAUGCAUCGAUCGGCAGAGGUGAAGCAUCACUCGAAGGCUUCGUUUCUCGUAUUAAGCGACCAAGGCUGUCUGGCCAGUUCGGUGCUCGACCAUUGCCUCCAGAGUAUCCACUCCCGAAGUCGGAGGAACUUUCGAUCACGAACCCUCAAACAGAAGAUCCGCCUUCAGGCUCUGGCGUCGGAUGCCUUCCUACUCAGAGCGAUAAUACGCAAGGCGAAAGAGAAAAGCUCUAUGAUACAUUAAGGCAGCGAUUCUCUGAGGCUGCAUACCCAUUCAUUGAGAUCCGAGUAGACCAGCUAGAUGAAAAUUGGGCAAAAAAUCAUGAAAAGGUCGUAUCUCUUCACAACGACUUCGAGGAGCUUUCGGACCUUCGCGAAGAAUUGUACACGGAUUGGAGAAAAUAUGUUAAUACAAUGCCUCAAUCCGAGCUCAAGACGAUGGUAAACGAGGAAUUCAUCGAAGCCUUCAAGAUUGGAGGGUUACUGCAAGAGAAGAUAACUAUUCUUAAUGAUGUAAAGCUUCUUCAACUAGGGAAUCUCGAUGAUGAUACUGCGUAUAAGAAGGUGGCAGACCAACUGCUUCCAGGAAUUCAUCAACACCAAAAAUGGCAAUCACCCCUCGGAAAAUUACGAGUUACUACCCAGAAAGCGUUACACAAUUAUGGCGCUUCAGUGCUUGAUGACGUGAAGAGACUGCUAGUUCAAUCUGAUCUCCAUUUCCAAGGCGCUACUGUGAAGAUCGACUUCCCAGUGAAUCAGUUGGAAAGUCGUACACAGAAGUAUGGGGACAGGGUGAUCGCUUUUUUGUUCAAAAAUAAGCUCAUCGAUAACGAAAGAAUCCCCGAAUUUUUUGAAGAUAGCAUGGUCCGAAGGCACUUCCAGUCACGAGGCUCUCGAAGACCAUAG